AUGCUUCAGCCUCAGUUCCGAGCGCCCUUUCGGGUACUCGAAAGAGUUUUUGUCCCAUUCCUUCAGGCCCCUAAACAGCCGUCACAAUUCCUCCAGCAACGAACAUCCAUCACCGCACCCCAUAACAUCACUCCUCUACACCCGUCCCGCCUCGGCGCUCAAUUCCGUUACGCAUCCCACGCUACCCAAGGUGCAGCAAACGCGCACUCCAAAAACUCACCCGGAAGGCGUCUGGGCGCCAAAAAGACCGGCGAGCAAUACGUGAUCCCAGGAAACAUCAUCUUCCGCCAGCGAGGGACGAAAUGGUUUCCCGGAGAAAAUUGCGGCAUAGGGCGCGAUCACACGAUUUAUGCACUACAGACGGGAUAUGUGAAGUACUACCGCGACCCGCAAAAGCAUCCUACAAGGAAAUAUAUUGGCGUCGCGUUUGCUAGGGAGGACGUCCUUCCCUACCCGAGAAACGCACCUACAAAGAGACGGUUGGGCAUGGUUGCGGCCCCGAUGCCGGUCGAAGAUGUAGCUGUUGUGCCUGAAAAGAGCGCCACCCCGCCACUCAGACCCGGUUAUCAGUACCGUGAAGGUAACUGGGAGAUCGGUCGUCUCCCCGACAAGGCUGGGAUCACCGUGAAAGAAUGGAGGAGAAAGGAUCGGUGGACGGCAUGGAGGAAGAAGACGGAGAAGAUCAAGCGCGUUGCUCAGAUGAAGGAUUUGAAGAACCGGAAAAAGACCAAAGUCAAGGCGAAACAAUGA